AUGACUGUCAUCAAAGAUGGGCUGGAUGACAAUCGUUUCGAUCUCCUAACUCUAUGGAACCCUGCAAUUAGAAUGUCUAUGACUCUUCCUCGACCUCGCAUUGAUGUACCGGUGGGCAAAUACUGUAUUUACGGGUUCGGCUUUGAUCAUACAAGUAAUGAUUACAAGGUGCUGAGAAUGGUCCAUGAUAUUCAUGCCCUGUUUUCACCUCAGGCGGAACUUUAUAAACUUCGCACAGGCACUUGGGAGACUUUUACGGGUGCUGACGAUUUUGGUAAGUAUUAUAUAUAUCAGAAAAAUUACCAAAAUACUUACCAAAAUGCUUUCUUGAAUGGGGCGAGUCACUGGCUUGUAGUUCAUAUGACACCCGUCUCUCGUAAACGAAUGGUUGUGUUGUUUGAUAUGUGUGAUGAGCAACUCCGAGUGAUGAAGCUUCCGGAUCAUCUUAGUAUAGGCCGGUUUAAGGCUCUUCUUGGUGUUUCUGGUGGAUUGCUUUCUUUAAUGGAGUAUAAUGGGCGACAAGAUGUUAAUUUGAGCUGCAGCAUUUGGUUGAUGAAGGAACAUGGCGUGGCAGAGUCGUGGACUAAACAGUUUACAAUUGAUUUAAAGGGUUGGUGCUUUGGGGAGAUCUUCUGUUUUAGGAACGACGAAAAGAUUUUGGCUUGGAAUCGGAAAAAUGCAAGAGAGUCGGUCUUAUAUGAUCCCAAGACACAUGGAUUCAUUAAUAUAGGAGGAAUAUUUAAAGCCAAGGAUUAUCUUCUUAGCAAGAAUACUUUCGUCGAAAGUCUUGUUUUACUCGAUAAAGUAAAUUCUACGCCGAUGUACCAGACUUGUUUAAGGAAAGGCCAGUGGUGCAGUGCGAUUCAAAGAAAGGAAACAAAAGAAGAUGAAGACAUGCACGCGCGAGAGAUCGAAGGCUAA